GGAAGAAGUCGCUCUGCGAUCAUUAAGAUUGUGUGCCAUUAAUAAAUUCGAAUUAAUGAAUCGAUCAUUAGCAUUUAAAAUAUUCAAUUUAAGCCAGUGAAGAGGCUCUUAAUAAAUUCAGAAAAUAAAUAUGAAGAAUCAACAGCAAGAAAAGGAAGUGAUGAGUAAAUCAAAACAUCAUUAAUAAUUGCCAAUCAAUCGAACUCAUGUCAUACAAUAAAUUAAUAAGAGAACUUACUUUUGUGUCUGUCUGGUCUCUACCGCACCUGAUUUAAUGAUCUUUUAAUGCCUUGUAGCAAUUGAAUAAAUAAAUGGAUGUCGAGAGACGUAGAGAUUUAGUUGUUACUACAUAUUUUUUAACUUGAAACAAGCCAGUAGCUACCAGCAGUUCCAAGAGACUCCCGACCUUUUUGUGAAUCAAUUUUAUCAUGAAAGACUGUAGAGAGAAUCUGAUGUUAACAGUUUUUUGCAUUUUGAUUCUGGCACCGACUUUAUUUGCACAGCAAGGAGACUCUUCAUGGCAGCCAAAAGUUGGAUGUCAUCUUGUUGGAUUUACCCGAAAAGUAACGAUUCCGGAUUGUAUUGAGUUUCCAUUGACGACAAAUGCUUGUCGUGGGUUUUGUGAAAGUUUUGCAGUUUCAAGUAAUUUUGCUAUUGGACCUCAUCGUCCUGAUCAACCAAUAACAUCCGUCGGUCAGUGCUGUAACAUCAUGGAAAGUGAGGAUAUUAAAGUGAAAGUUCGAUGUUUGGAAGGCGUUCGUGAAGUGACAUUCAAGUCUGCAACUGGGUGUAGUUGCUUCCAUUGUAAAAAAUCUUAACUUUUUUUGGACCAAAUUUUUCAUCGAAAUAUGCGACAAGAGCUUUUAUAGGACUAAAUCUUUGCACUAUUAAUCGUGUGACUAC